AUGGCCGCCUUCAUCGCCUGGAUUCUGAUAAUCAGCAGCAUUUUACCAGGAAAUGUGGCAUUGCACAGGCCAACAGCUCAGUCUUCUAACUACAGCAAUACACUGUAUCUCUCUACUGCUGCUGUGGAUGGUGUCACGGGUCAUACUUUGGAAACUCCAUGUACACGUACGGCAGAAGACGGAAACUCUGAUCCGUUCUGGACGGUCACACUGGAUCAGCCAUACUGGAUCUAUAGGUUCACUAUCUACAACAGACAUGAAAACUGUGAAAAACAAGAAGCAUGUGGGGCCAGGCUGAACGGAUUCACUGUGUCUGUGGGAGACUCAUCCGGGGCUUAUACUACAUGCUAUCAGGAUUCAACGACCAGUACUGACGGUCCGGGAGACGUCAUCAAGGAGACAUGUAGCAGCCCAGUUCUAGGAAAUACGGUCAAGAUUUCCCUGUCAUCUGACAAAAUUCUUACACUUUGCGAGGUCCUUAUUUAUGGUAAGUAUCUCCUUUAG